AUGGCGACCAAACAACCUGAACAGCCUUCUGCUGCUGCUACUGCUGAGCCACCCAAUGGUGGUCUGGCGGCCUGGGUGGGCGUAUUUGCCUCCUUUCUUCUGUUCGUCACCCCCUGGGGAUUUUCGACCGCGUUUGGCGCGUUCCAGAGCUACUAUCAAUCCGAUCUCUUGAGCAGCAGGUUGAUGAUGCUGAGCCUGUCCCCCGAGUAUUACCAACUCUUUCUCAUGCAGGGGAUCUGCUGCGGCUUGGGCAGUGGGUUGAAUUAUGUUCCUGCCCUGUCGCUCGUUUCCACCUGUUUCACUACGCGCCGUGGCCUUGCGGUAGGCCUGGUGACCUCCGGGGCCAGUAUUGGUGGGGUUGUCUUCCCUAUCAUCUUCAUCCGCCUGCAGCCCCGGAUCGGAUUUCCCUGGACGGUACGGACCAUGGGCUUCAUCCAACUGGCUUGCUCCUGUAUCGCAGUGCCAUUGCUGAUGGCCACCACCAAGACGCGGCAGGCCCCGCCCCGCCGGAUCAUUCACUGGCAUGCGAUGACGGAGUGGCACUUCAAUGCCUACGGGAUCGCCAAUUUCUUCAUCUUCACGGCAUAUUUCAUCCCGAUCUUCUACGUGCCGACCUUCGCCCAGACCGCCCUGCACACAUCCACGACAUUAAGCUUUUACAUGGUGUCGAUCAUGAAUGCUGGCUCGGCCAUCGGCCGCAUUGGGUCGUCCCUGCUGACCUAUUGUCUCGGAGCAAGCCACAUCCUGCUGGUCAGCGUUAUUGCCUCGGCUGUGCUCCUCUUCGGCUGGACGGGUAUCCACUGGGUUGCCAGCUUUGUGGGCUUCUGUGUUCCUCUUGGCAUAUUCUCCGGGGUGUUGAUCUCGGCCAAUCCGCUGGCCAUCGCUCACCCGAUUGUCUCGCCGACCCCUUGUCUGGGCGUGCUGGUCGGAGCACCAAUUGGGGGAAUCAUCGAAGGCCACAGAGGAAGCGAUGGAUUUUUGGGGUUGCAGCUGUUUAGUGCAGUGGGGAUGAUUGUGGGUGCAGUCUUUCUACUGGUCCCGACGAUGGCCGUCUGGCGAUAUGAGAAGCCUUGA